AUAACUCAUGCUAUUAAGAGGUAUGUCAAAUUUGGUCAUGAUAUAAACUCUGGUGAAGAUAUUGAAGAAGCGAUAAAAGAUCUAGGUGGGACACAUGUUGCUCAUUUAGAGCCAAAUCGAAAUCAGCAUAAUAAUGAUACAGCACUGGGCACAAUAGCGGGAAUCCGGAACUGGCACGAGUGGUCUUGGUUUAAUAAUGAGACUGAAGCAGGAUGCAUUUAUGCAAGACCUUUACCCAGAAUUGGUCCAUGGAAAGAAUUCACACCCGCAAAUAUUCAAAAAAUUAUAAAAAAACAUGUUAUAAAAAAGCCAGAACCUACUAUUACUACACACAGUCAACCAAGCAAAUCUUGGACCAUGCCAGUGCCAGAAAUUCAAGGUUGCAAAGAUUUAUAA